CAGGCCUGUGUCGGAGGACGCGGCUGACCCGUGGCCCUCCAGUCCCUCUGCUGCGCUCCAUCCGAAGCCCCGCCACCUCGCUGCUCCCGCAGGGCAGGUGCGCUCCCUCUGCGCCGCCCGCCUCCCGCCGCCCGCUGCGCAACCCGAGAGCCCAGGGGCUCCAGCGAGCACCGCCCGGAGCAGGAUGGAGUCUCACGGCGUCCGAGCACUGCUGCGGCUCGGCCUGGGUUUUCACCUUCUACAAGCGGUGCUCAGUACAACUGUGGUUCCUUCAUGUGCCCCUGGAGAACCUGGGGAUGACUGCGCAGCCUCAGCUCAGACGAGAAAUGUUCCACGUGUGGCUCAGGUGUCGAAAAUGAAGUGCAGCCCUGACGCGAAUGGCUACUGUUUGCAUGGAGAGUGCGUCUACCUGGUGGACAUGAGAGAAAUUCACUGCAGGUGUGACUUGGGUUAUGCUGGCACCCGAUGUGAGCACUUCUUUUUAACCGUCCAACAGCCUUUGAGCAAAGAAUAUGUGGCUCUGACUGUGAUUCUUACCAUCAUCUUUCUUCUCUUAGUCGCUGGCUCCAUAUACUACAUCUGGAGGUGGUGCAGAAAUCGAAAAAGUGAAAAAUCAAGGAAGGAAUAUGAAAGGGUGACCUCAGGGGACCUGGCGCUGCCACAAGUCUGAAUGCUGACAUCACGCUCGUGGGCCAGGCUGUGCAGCACGCCUGUUGGUGUUAAUAUUCCUAUUUUAUUAAUAAUAUUUAUGUUUGGACAUGUGCUGUUGACAAUGGCAUAUUUUUAGUAUACUUAGAAACAUUUUUACUUUUGUUUUAUUUUUGACAUACUACUUGUAUACUGUGCACAAACAAAUAUAGAAAGAAAAUCGAUAUAUAUUUUUUCCUGGGCUAAAUGCUUCAUUGAAAGCUCCAAAGCUUCUUUGCCUGCUGCACAUAACUUGCUCAGGAAGUAUUGGCAAGUGGCAGAUUUCUGUAAGCCUAAAUGCAUGGUCAAAUCAAUUUAAUAAAUAUAUUUUUCUACUCCUCAAAGCAAUGAUCAUUGGUCUGAUGAUGCCAUCAUCUGAUGUAUAGGUUGGCACCACUGUUCAUGUGUUGAAACAUCUGAUACAAUGGGAAUUGGGGGGAAGCAAAUGUGAGUCAUGUGCUAUACGUUACCCAUUUGAAACAAACUAAACUGGGAGAGCUCCACUCCCUCCUGGCCCUUCCUCAGCUAUAACUCUGUUUACCUGCCUAGAGGGGAAGUGGACAAUUCUCUAUUGCAACCCACAGUUCCUGUGAGUCCUAGUCACCCAUCUAACAGAUUCUCCUUAAGUGAAAUGAACUGAGAGCUUAAUUUUAUAUUAUCUUUUAAAAUAGUAGUUAUAAUAGUAGUUAUUUUAUAGCUUCACAAUACUCCUUUUUGUACAGCAUUUAUGUGAGGUAACUGUUGCCUAUGAGAUAAUUAUAAAGAAGUCCAUACUAAAAGCCAAAAUUUGUGCUUCUUUUUAAUUUAUUUUCAUUGGAACUUUGCUGAAGAAUUCUAAGAUUAACUCACAGUCCAAAGUUUGAUGGACUAAUCAUUAUUUUAAGGCAUAAGACAAUAGUCGUAUAUAUAUUGUCCAAAGACAUAAAUGCAGUUAUUUUCUACAUAAUAUAUUUUAAAUUUGAAAAAUACAGUAAGUUGCUCUUUGUAGAAUUUAAAAUUGCACAUUUAAGAUUAUAUCUUGAUGCUGUGGGAAAAAUAAGAAAAAGUAAGUCACAAUAUAUUUUAUAAAAUGAACAAACUUAUUUGAAAGCUUUUCCAAUUUAGACUUAAUCAUUCAUCCUUAUUGUGGAGACUGAGAUGAAACCAGGCCCUAUUUUUUUGUCCUUUGUUUAUUUUUUGUUAGAGACUGAAGUUUCUCCUGUGCUCUGGGCCUAUGGUCUUAGUGAGUUAAUAAGGGUACGUGGGCAACUGCAUAAGGAGCCACAGCUGCCACCAGCAUUGGAUCUCACGGGAGACUGUCUCACUGACGCUAGACCUUUGGGUAGAGUCUCUCAGGAUUGCAUAGGACUAUACCCUGGCCAGGGACGGUCUGUCCUUUCUCUACUCUUUAUCCUGACAUAUGCAAGGGCAACCAAGAGAAAAUGAAGUGCUUGGUGCUAGGACUUGCUCCCUCCUGAACCCUUCCCUCUGUUAUAUUGGCUGGUGCAUUCACAUGACUCUAAUCCAAAGUCCUGGAUCUGGUUUCUACUAUUAAGGGAAUAUAGAUGUUCACAUGUAAACCCCCAUGAGCUCAAUCAAUCAGAAUUAGUCAUUUGUUGCCUUAUCAAAAAUACAUAAAACUUAAUAACAAGAUAAAGAGAAAUAAAAUAAAAUUUAGUGAGAUCAAAAAGAGUAUUUCUGUUCCCCAUUUAAUAUAGCUGAAGUCAAAUGUACUGUGUAAGAACUCAUUUUAAAUCCUGUGCAUACUUAUUGACCCUGUAAACAAAGACCUUGUAAACAAAAUGUAAAAACCCAUUUUAAGUGAUCUUGAUUGCUCAAAGAGUAUGUGUUAACUAACCAAGAAAUCAGUUUUAAUUUAUUUAUUUUACUGACAAAGAGGGAGCUAUAUUGGCUUAUCUUAAGCAUCUUAACUCAUGUCAUAUAUCUAAUUGUAAGUAGUUUGAGGUGUUUCUAAUCUGUGUUUAAGAAUGCUUAUAAAUCCUGACUGGCGCAGCUCAGUGGGGUGUCAUCAUGCAAAGCAAAAAGUUGC